UCUCAUUAGGAGUUACGAAAACAGCAUGCAUGAACUGAGAGUUUGAUUUCCCCCUCUCCUUGAAUUAGUAAGCCCACCUUAUACAGAGAAGGUGUUUCCGUACUUCAGAUCAAGACAUGCAUUUAUUCUUCUACUGAAAACAAAAAGGAUUUUAAUUCACUGGUUUGCCUGGAGAACAUAAUGCCUUCCAGAGACGCGCUAAGAAUCUACCAAAUCCAUAAAGAGUAAACAAAGAUGAUGGCAGAAAAUAAAACUUGUACAACCCAUGAUGCAUCCCCUAUCAAUUGCCACCAGCGUGUCUCCUGAAAAUCAACAAUAAUAAUGGGGUCCAAUGCGUCAUAUGUGAAGCUUUCAGAUCAUUACCAUCACCUGGGCCAAGAUAACAGUAUUUCAACCAAUUAUUCACAAGGCCUGCUUGGAAAUUCUACGAAUAAUGAGUUUACAACUAUUGUUUUACCAGUGCUUUACCUCAUCAUCUUCCUGGCAAGCAUCUUGCUGAAUGGCUUGGCAGUAUGGAUUUUCUUCCACAUUCGAAACAAGACAAGCUUCAUUUUUUACCUUAAGAACAUUGUGGUUGCAGACUUGCUUAUGACUAUGACAUUUCCAUUUAAAAUAAUUCAGGACUCAAGAAUGGGGCCAUGGCAGUUGCAUUUCUUCCUGUGCCGUUAUACAACAGUUCUGUUUUACGCCAAUAUGUACACCACAAUUGUAUUUCUUGGACUCAUUAGCAUUGACCGGUAUCUAAAAGUGGUGAAACCAUUUGGAGAUUCCCGGAUGUACAGCAUCACUUUUACCAAGAUUCUGUCUGCAUGUGUUUGGAUUGUUAUGACAUUUCUGGCAGUGCCAAAUGUGAUUCUUACAAAUGGUCAUCCAACUAGGAAAAAUACAGGUGACUGCUUAAAACUAAAAACUCCUUUAGGAGUAAAAUGGCAUGAAGCAGUCCUAUAUGUCAACAACAGUAUGUUUAUCAUUGUACUGACUGUUCUAAUAGGAUGUUAUAUUGAAAUAUCCAAAUAUAUCCAUAAAUCAAGCAAGCAAUUUAUUAGUGCUUCAAGUCGCAAACGGAAACACAACCAAAGCAUAAGGGUGGUUGUGGCUGUCUUUUUUACUUGCUUUGUACCAUAUCAUUUAUGCAGAAUACCAUUUAUUUUUGGCCAUCUGGAUAAAUUUCUUGGUGAUUCAGCACACAAAAUCCUGUUUUACUGCAAGGAAGUGACUCUUUUCCUGUCUGCAUGUAACGUGUGCCUAGAUCCAAUUAUAUAUUUUUUUAUGUGUAGAUCAUUUUCACGAAGGCUGUUCAGGAAGUCAAACAUGCGAACAAGGAGUGAAAGUAUUAGAUCGCUUCAGAGUGUCAGAAGGUCAGAAGUGCGCAUAUACCAUGAUUACACUGAUCUGUGACAUUAUCACUUUUUCAUAUUUGCACCACUAGUAGAUUUAUUAUUUGUACAUAAUAAAAGUAUUUUGUUUGAUUAUA